AUGACCGCUGGAAUUUGUCUACGGAAUGCUGCUAGAAACGCACGCCAUCUGGCCAUGGGCGCCAGAUGCAUGUCCAUCAGAGUGAAGGCGGAUUUUGUCAAGCUAACCACUCCUAACGGGUUCACAUACGAGCAGCCUACGGGUUUGUUCAUUAACAAUGAAUUUAUCAAAUCGCACAACGGCGACACCAUCGCUGUCGAAGAUCCAUCCACGGGGCAAAAACUUUUGGACGUGCAGUCGGGUACUAAAGAAGAUGCAGAGUACGCCGUUGAAUGUGCCGAUAAGGCUUUCAACUCUUCGUGGUCCACUGUUGACCCAAAAGAAAGAGCUCGCAAGAUGCUCAAGCUAGCAGAUCUUAUGGAAGAGAGAAAGGAAUUGAUGGCCUCUAUCGAGUCCAUGGACAACGGCAAGGCUCUUAGACUAGCCAGAGGCGAUGUAGGCGUCGCUAUCGAUUUCAUUCGCUCCUCUGCCGGUCUAGCAGACAAGCUUGACGGCAGAAGUAUCGACACAGGCGACGGCUACGUGAAUUACACCGUCAGAGAGCCAGUGGGUGUGUGCGGUCAGAUUAUUCCAUGGAACUUCCCUCUAAUGAUGCUUUCCUGGAAGAUCGCACCUGCCAUGGCUGCUGGUAACACACUUGUCUUGAAACCCGCCUCUCCAACUCCUUUGAAUGCCUUGUUUUUCGCUUCCCUCUGCCAAGAAGCCGGAAUCCCAGCUGGUGUUGUAAACAUCAUUCCUGGUCCAGGUAGAGGGGUUGGUGAGACUUUGACCACCCAUCCUAAAAUCAGAAAAAUUGCAUUCACAGGCUCCACAGGCACCGGUAAAGGUAUUGCUGUCAAGGCUGCUCAGUCCAACUUGAAGAAGGUCACUUUGGAAUUGGGCGGUAAGUCUGCACACAUGGUGUUCAACGAUGCCAACUUGGAGAAAACCUUGCCCAACUUGGUCAGCGGUAUUUUCCUAAACGCCGGCCAGAUCUGUUCUUCUGGAUCCAGAAUCUAUGUUCAAGAAGGUAUCUACGACAGACUACUCCCGGCUUUUAAGAAAUACGUCGAGGAAACCGUCACCGUGGGCUCUCCCUUCGAUGAAAAGAACUUCCAAGGUGCUAUCAACAACAAGAUGCAAUACGACACUAUCAUGAGCUACAUCAACGUUGGUAAAGAAGAAGGCGCUAAAGUGCUAACCGGAGGCGAAAGUGUUGGUGAAAACGGCUACUUCGUUAAGCCAACCAUCUUUUACGAUGUCCAUGAGGACAUGAGAAUUGUCAAGGAAGAAAUUUUCGGUCCUGUCGUUACAAUUUCCAAGUUCAAGAGCAUUGAGGACGGUGUGGCCAUGGCCAACGAUUCCGAAUUUGGUCUUGGAUCCGGUAUUCAAACCGAGAACCUUUCUACUGCUUUGAAAGUUUCCAAGAUGUUGAAGGCCGGUACUGUCUGGAUCAACACAUAUAACGACUUCCACUCCUCUGUUCCAUUCGGUGGUUGCAAGCAAUCUGGUUAUGGUAGAGAAAUGGGUGUCGAGGCCUUCGAAGCAUACACAUCUGUCAAGGCCGUCAGAAUAAAAUUGGAUUGA